CCCCGGAAGAGGCCGGAACUGUUGCCUGAGGUUGCUGAGGCGCGGAAGCUAACUUGCUAAGCCGCUAGCCGAGUAAAGCCCAGGCCGCUAACCGAAUGUCUCAUCUCGGUUCUGGGUGCAAAGGGUUUCACUGUGGCCGCCAUGAGUUCGCCGCUGUGAACAUUUUCCGCGGAUUCCACACCGAUCAUUCGUCAAGACUUCCGCUUUUCCGACCGCCAAAUAAGGCAGGUUUAAAACUCAACAACAACAACAUCUUUUUGUUUAGCUAGCCUGUUAGCCCGGUUGACGAGUCUGGUUGUUCUUAUUUAAACAAACGACUUGUUGUCAGGGUCACAACAACUAGUGAAGUCGAGUCGUAGUCGUGAGUAAAUAGUCGCGGAGUCGCGUGCCUGCCAUCACAGACCUCCCGAUCAUGGCGGACAAAUCUUAUACACCGCGCGCGCGUCGUGCCUGAAUAUUUAUUUAUUUAUUUAUUUAUUUAUUUAUUUUCGAUUUUCGAUUUAAAAAAAAAAAAACCUCUACUCAUUCUUCUUCAUUCGACUUUUUGGAUAAUUUUUUUUUUAAAGUCAUAACGUAAACUGUACAUGUAAAAAAAUGGGUCAAAAGGAAAAAGAAAACCAACCGAAGAACUGCAAGAAGAAGAAGAAGAAGUUGUUGCUGACAGAAGAGCAAAAAGAAAGAAAACGAGAGCAGGAGAAGAGGCGAUGGGAGACGGUCAAGUCCAGCUUGUCAGAGGAAGAUCGAGAGAACAAGAGAGAAAGAGAGAGAGAAAGAAGGAGAAACUCGAGUUUAUCAGAGGAGAAAAGAGCACGCAAGCGAGAGAAAGAGAGAGAGAGAAGAAGGAACAUGUCAGAAGAGGAGAAGAAGAGAAGGCGAGACAAGGAGAAGGAACGACGAAGGAACAUGUCAGAAGAGGAGAGAGAGAGGAGGCGAGAAAAGGACAGGGAAAGAUGGAGAAACAUGUCAGAGGAAGAAAGGGAGAGAAGGCGAGUCACGAAAAGAGAGCGAGAAAGAAGGAGAAGCCAGUGUGGCGUGGUGAGUGCAGCUAACUGUUGUCUCCUCAAGCAAACAGCUGCUGAUAAUUUUGGACAGGAAGACGAUGGACCACAAAAAAGGAGAAAAGAAACCUGCACGACGACGAGCGAACAACUGCGGACAGAAAGACUUUCUUCAGCGUCAGGAUCUUCUCAGCUCUUCUCUGGAGCCAGUAAACAUGGCAGAACCUCCAUUUUGUCCUCCUUCGGUUCCAGCAAUAGAAAUUCAUCAUCUUCAUCCAAAAUUAAUGUGGACCUGGACAGCAGCACUGGGAUUGCUGUGGUGAAGUUCCAGAACCCACCGGUGAACAGCAUGAGUCUGGACUUUCUGACCGAGUUCUCCAUCAGUUUAGAGAAACUGGAGCUGGAUAAGAGCUGCAGAGGAGUGAUUUUCACCUCGGCUCAGCCGAAGGUUUUCUCCGCGGGCCUGGACAUCUUAGAGAUGUACGGUAAGAAUCCGGAGCACUACGCUGAGUUCUGGAAGUCCGUCCAGGACAUGUGGCUCAAACUUUACGGCUACAGAAAGAUCACCAUCGCUGCCAUCAACGGUUCCAGUCCCGCAGGUGGGUGUCUGUUAUCCUUGUCAUGUGACUACAGGAUCAUGGCGGCCGAUCCUCACUACAGAAUCGGCCUCAACGAGACGCAGCUCGGCAUCGUCGCCCCCUUCUGGUUUAAGGACACGAUGGUGAACACAGUGGGUCACAGAACCACAGAGCUUUCUCUCCAGUUCGGUCUGAUGUACAGUCCUUCUGAUGCCCUGAAGAUCGGCCUGGUGGACCAGCUGGUUCCUGAGGAGAACCUUAUCAGCACAGCCACUGAAACCAUGACCAAGUGGUUUGCUGUUCCAGAUCACGCCCGUGAGAUCAGCAAAUCCAUGAUGAGGAAGCCGACGCUGGACCGACUGCUGGCCAGCCGAGAAGCUGAUACUAAAAACUUUGUGAACUUCAUCAGUAAAGACUCGAUCCAGAAGUCUCUGGGGCUGUACCUGACCAUGCUGAAGCAGAGGAAGGCGUGAACGCGGGACUGACUCUCACCUCCGUGCCUCCUGUUCUGUCUCUUUCUCUCUUCAGUGUUGGGGCUGGAUCACCUCCUUCAGUUUUCCCUGCAGUUCUGUUCUUGGAUUUGUUUGUAAAUUAAACAUCCACUGAUGUCCGAU